AUUCCGAUCGCGAAAAUGGCCACGGCGGCGGCGGAGGAGACGACGAAGAGGAGGACGGUGAUGGUGGUGGGGAUCGAGGAUAGCGAGCACAGCUACUACGCUCUCGGGUGGACCCUCCGCCGCUUCUUCGGCGGCGGCGCAGCCGCGUCAGGGAUCGACCUCGUAAUCGUCCACGCCAAGCCCUCGCCGGCCAACGUCGUCAACCUCGCCGGUCCCGGGGCUCCGGAUGUGUUGCCGUUUGUGGAGUCGGAUCUGAGGGCGAUCGCAGCGGGUGUCGUGGCGAAGGCGAGGGAGCUCUGCGCCACCAAUUCAGUUAGUGCUCUUGUCGAAGUUGUGGAGGGGGAUGCGAGGUAUGUUCUUUGUGAAGCAGUUGAAAAACACCAGGCAGAUAUACUUGUUGUGGGAAGCCAUGGCUAUGGAGCAAUUAAAAGAGCUGUUCUGGGCAGCGUGAGUGACUACUGCGCUCACCACGCGCACUGCACCGUCAUGAUCGUGAAGAAACCCAAGUCGAAGCACUGAACAAAAUCUCCACCACGCCAUCGUACAUCGAGCGCAAAAUAGAGAACUAGGUUGUGAAUUGUAUAGUUUGAUGUUGUUGUGAAUGAAAUUCUCCUCAGUUGACAGCUGAAUGGGGUAAUGUGCCAGUCUGUUGUUCUUGUCAAGCAUCAAACUUGUUAGUCGGCUUUCGAACCAUGCGCCCGUUUACUUUUGCUCGGUGGUCGUCUCAGACAAAUGAUUGUAUAAAUAAAUUUGCUUUGUUAGGUGCAGUUGAAUAUAUAUAUCUAAUAAGAAGCAUUAUUAUUAUUA